GUGUAUAAUGUGACAAAAGUUCUUAUAUUACGAAACUAUUUCGUUCUUUGUCACCACGUGUCUAUGGUCAAGUAUAUAUUUAUAUGAAUCAAUUUAUCUAAAAAUAUCUGAACGAGUAGUGAAACGUAUAUCAUUAAGGGCAUCGAAAAACAUAGAAGAAAAUGGAUUUUUCUCAAUAUCGAAAAAUUCUAAUUUAUAUUUUGACUUUUUUGGCUUAUGCGUGGUCAGGUUAUGGAGCUGGUUUAUUAUCGAACUUAAAAGAUGCUGUAUUAGCAGCAGAAACGAUAUUUCAAGAUUUAUUCCAAAAUGCGAUUACUGUUGCUAGAAAAAUCAGAGAUAUCCAUGAGGUAUUUGAUGCAGCAAUAGAAGAAAAUUGUAUCUUUCAAUGUCCAGGAGGUAUGACACCGAAACCAGAUUGGAAUCAUAAACCGCAAAGUAAUGGAUGUGGUUCUCUAGGAAUCGAAAUAAACCAAGAGUAUCUACCGCUUACAGAAAUGACGAAAUGUUGUGAUGCGCAUGACAUUUGUUACGAUUCUUGUAAUUCGGAUAAGGAAAAAUGUGAUUUGGAAUUUAAGAGAUGUCUAUAUAAAUAUUGCGAUGGGUAUCAAUCGUCUGCAAUAAUAAAUACAUGCAAAGCUGCAGCAAAAAUGCUUUUCACUGGUACAACUGCUUUGGGAUGUAAAAGUUAUAUAGAUGCACAAAAAGAAGCUUGUUAUUGUGGAGAGAAAUGGAAUAAGAAUAAGAAACCGAAAAAGGCUGCUCAAGCAGGUGGAGAAUUGUGAAAAAAUGGCAUAAUGUGCCAAUUAAAUGAAACGUAUUAUACGUUUCGUUUAUGAAUCUUUAGUAAAAUAAUUAUAUGAUUUUGUAUUUAUUUUUAUAUUAUAUAUGUGACAAAUAUUAAUUUAUCGAAAAUUGUACGAUACGAAUAUUUUACACAUUUAAUAAUAUAUAAGAUUAUAUUAUUUAAUUAUAUAUAAUAUUAAUAUUAUAUAAUAUUUAUAUAAUAUUUAUAUUAUAUUAUUUAAUUAAUAAAUAUAAGUUUAUAUCGUAUGAUCAUUCAUUUCUCUCUUAACCUUUUCUAUUUCUUCUUGGAGAGAAUAAGCAAAUUCGAAAAAUUGAUUCAUAGAAAAUUCAAAUUUUUAUUUACUCGUUUGUCUUGGAAAAACAAGGGAAGGUAUGUUUUUCAUUGACAAUGUCACUUCAAUUUCAAAGUUUUUGAGAAAAGUUUUUGCAAAAAAUUGUCAAGUAAUGCGGCGUACAACAAGAAUUUGCUAAACAAUUGCGACAGAGUUUCGAGGAGGAUGGGAAAUACCGGAUCCGUACAAUCAUCGAAAUCGCGAAAAGAACGGAAGCGAGAAAGUGGUGACAGGUAAGAUAAUUUUUGAUUUACCCCAAUGUCCUGUUCCCGAUAAAAUUAACGAUAACAUACUAAUAAAAUUAAAUAUAAAAGAUAGUACAUAAAAACGUACUUGCAUCUUUUACCUUUGGGUAGCGUAGAUGAUCGUCCCGGAAAGAAUAAAAGAAUUGUAAAUGGUUCCGAAUCCCGAACCAAUGGAAAAGAGAAAAUAAAAUGUCGUGCAACUAAUCCUUUUAUCAUCUUUUUUCUACGAUUACGAAGUAAAAAACCUAAGGAACACGUAACUGUAAUUGCACGAGCAGCAGGAAAAUUAUGGACUCAAAUGAGUCCGGAACAAAGAAAGAAAUAUAUAGAUUUGGCAAAUGCUGAGAAAAAAAGACGACAAGAACGUAAAAGAAAACGAAAAUCAAGAAGAAAAUAGAAAACUGAUUGAUGAAAAAUCACAAGGUAAAAACUGAAAGAAAUUAAACAAGUGCAAAAUUGUUCUUGCUAUGCGUGUAUCAAGCCACGCUCUACAAGUUUUUAAAAGUCUUUUAUUCGUAUAAAAUAUUCUCUCGAAGCCUUUAUUUUUGAUUCGUUUUUAUUUGUUAGUAAUUUUUUUUUUUUGUUAACUCUAUGUACAAUAAAUAUUGAUGUAUUUUUACACUAUCAAUGACCUUUUUUAUCGUUCAAGAAUUAUGCUAAAAACUAGGCAAUUUCCUUGCCUCUCGCACUUAUAGUCUCAUCUGAAAAAAUUAAAUUCAUAACAUACUAUAAAUAUAUUAUUUGUUCGCGACCAUUCCCCGAAGCGUCGUGGACAAGAGGGAAAUUACAAUUGAACGUACACCACGAACGAGCACCAUUUUACAUUUCCCAUAAAGAGGUCGAAGGAAUCAACGUUUCAUUUCCUUUUAUAAUUCGAUACAAAAAAUAAUUUCAGCGUAAUUCUUUCGACGCUCCGUGGAAGAAUUUUACGCAAUUAUUAUUUUUUUCGAAAUUAAUAUGUGCCCUCCCGCUCAAUAAUAGAAAAUAAAAAUAUUACAUACAAUAGAGAAUAAAGAAUGGAUAUACGUGUCUAUGUGUAUGCGCGCACAUUUGUACACGCGUAUGUGUGUUGUCCUGCAUAUCUGUGCACGUAAAUAAAGAGCAUAUAAUAGAUUCAUUGCCAGUAAAAUCUUAUUUAUAUCGAUGUGACAUGUAGUGAUGGUAAUGAUAAUAGUGACUAUCGUGAUAAUGACGAUGUUUACAUCGACAACAACGGCAAAAUUGUAAU